AUGGCCCAGGCACAACCACCCGGCGUAUCCGACACGAGCGAGACCAAGCGACAGCAGCUGUUCUCCCCACUCCCCUCCGGCAGAGGACGUGCGACCAACUCCGCGACGAGCAACGGGCUCCCUCCACUCAAUCUUCCCCGCUGGUUCCUGGACGAUCAUGUACACAUCUCGGAUUCGAAGGACGCAACGGGAGAUCGACUGUGGGACAGCCUUUGGCGCUACUUCCGAUCCGAACGCCCUGUGUCCAGCCCUGGGCAGGAGCUCGGCGGUAUUUGGGCGUCCGCCUCCCAAGAAGCGAGCGCACCGUCUGCUGAGCGGGCCAUCGGCCGUGAGCUCGUAUCGACCAUCUCUGCCGAGCUGGGCGCAAAACCUGCCCCAACAAGGGCUACCAAGGAACCCAAAAAGCGCCCUAUCUCGCUACUGUACGUGCACAAUUACAAGGGCAGCCGGGUCGCGAAUGACAUUGUCGGGCAUGUUGCUACGGAGUUGUCCGCCGAUGUCAUACAUCUGGACGCCGCAAGAUUGGCUAGUAUUGUUGGGGCAUACCUUGGGUCAACUCUGUACUUUGGACGCAGCCAAAUUUCGAUGCUGGGCUAUGCCGCAGCUGAAGCGAAUGGCAGAUCCUUCACCACGCCCUCGACGUCGGAGGGUGACGACGAUAUCCUAGCCAAGGGGAUGAGCGUUGUGAAGCUGCUAUCGCCAGCCAGAGACGACCGCGCCACCUGGGAUGAUCUGAAAUCAACACACGCCCUCAAAGAGAUUGUUGGCUCGGCUGCUGCCAAGAGGAGGCUGGGCGGGCAGUUGGACAAGCCGGAGCGGCUCAUCGUACAUGUGCAUAACUAUGUCGAGCUCAUGAUGACUACGGAGGGUGCAUCAAUCCUCGAGAAAUUGAGGACCGUUGUCGACCGUCUCUGGCAGGACGGAUCCAGCGUCGUCAUCGUCGGCUCUGUUUCCAAUGACAUGAAUGCCUCCAAGCAGUGGCACAGCAAAGUCAAAGAGUUGAGCAGCGGUGACUGUUACCCUAUCGUCUUCUCUUCCAGCACUGACGAGCUUCCAGAGCUCAAGACAUGGGAACAGCAGGACAAUGUCCUCGACAAUCUGAGUAACAUCAAUUGGAUGCUGGAAUGCCUCAGAGGUGAGCAGGCACAUAUACUGCUGCUCAAUGGCUCGGAGUCUGACUCUAACGAGGCUGUACGCGAGCUUGUCAUCCAUCUUUCUAGCGGCAUCUACUCAAACCACUGGAUAUAUCGAAUUUGUACUCAAGCCAUUGGUUUGGAAAGAUUGACUGGCAUUCUUGAUGCCUCGACGCUUGCAGAGGCUCUCAAACAGAUGAAACUGGUAGAUCGGGCGCGCUCCAAUAUGUUCGGAGACCUCGCAAAGUGCUCCGCCGUUCCUACACUGGCCCCAAGCUCCCCAAUUCAGGAUCUCAUAUCCUUGGGCAACAGCAUCACUUCUGAGGCCACAUCUUCAUCCGGCCGACGGAAAGGCCCCCCCGGGGAUCUUGACGAUGAGGAGAAGAAGCUCCUCUCAGGCAUUGUCAACGUGGACGAGAUACAUACGACGUUUGACGAGGUGAUUGUGCCUCCAGAGAUCCGCGAAUCUCUGAUGGCCCUUACGACCCUCUCCAUCCAGCACCCCAAGGCAUUCUCAUAUGGAGUACUCGCACGUGAGCGCAUCCAUGGAUGUCUGUUGUAUGGCCCGCCCGGCACCGGCAAGACCCUGAUGGCCAAAGCAGUCGCAAAAGGCUCCGGGGCAAACAUGCUCGAAAUUAGCGCAGCUUCUAUUAACGACAUGUGGGUUGGAAACAGCGAGAAGAACGUGCGAGCCGUUUUCUCUCUUGCUCGAAAACUGUCGCCCGUGGUCGUCUUCCUUGAUGAGGCGGACUCACUCCUCGGCUCGAGGGGGCGCCAGCCCAACAGGGGCGGAUACAGAGAAACAAUCAAUCAGUUCCUGCGAGAGUGGGAUGGCCUGACCAAUGCACUAAACACAGCAGAUAUUCGUUCUACCUCGAGGCUGGCGAUCCUUCAAUCGCUGCUCAGGGAUGAAAUGCUGGACCCUGCUGUCUCACUCGAACAGCUCGCGUCCGACACAGAACUCUACAGCGGCUCGGACCUGAAGAACCUCGCCGUAGCGGCAGCUAUGGAGGCAGCCAAGGAGGAGCUCGCGGCGAAGGAGGUAGACGUAGCGUACGAGUUCCCAGUAAAGCGUAUCCUGACCAAGGCGCACUUCGAAAAGGCGUCCAAGGACAUUAGCGCCUCCAUCUCAGAGGACAUGCAGAGUCUCAAGGCUCUUCGCAAGUUCGACGAACAGUACGGGGACGCCAGGCGGAAAAAGAAGAGAAGUCGGAUGGGUUUCGAGGUUGUACCCCAGGUUACCAAGUCCGAGGACGCAAUGAUUAGAAAGUAA